AGUAACAUGUAUUCAAAAAACACCAUUUAAAUAUUUCAUAACAAAGUUUUUCAUUGUCAAGGACACAAAUGCCAAAUUUGACUUACACUGUUUACAAACAAAAUUUUCUCCGUAAAAAUAUGUCGUGCAGAAUCAAUUUAAAUGCUUAAAAUAGGAUAUUUCCGGCACAUAUUUAGAUAUUAUAGCACAGGUGCACCGAGAAUCACAAUGCCAAACUUGCGAUACUUCAUAAACCCGUACUUGGACACAACAUUUUCCGGGGCUGAGCCCCACAUACCGCGAGACGACCUGUAUCAGGCAGUUCAGGAAAUAUUCACCAAAAUCGCAGACAAACUUCAACCUAUAGAGAAAAACGCUACGGACGGUAUCUACUUGGGCACAGCAGGUAUCUCGUACAUGUACUAUCAUGUAACCAAAAAUUUGAUCUUCGAAGAUCAGAAACACAAAUUACUGAACGAGGCGAUUCGCUAUCUGAAGCCGGCACUUAACGUGGCAACGUACAACACCAGACACCCAUCAGAUCUCCCAUCAUUUAUAUUGGGGAAUUGUGGAAUAUAUGCUGUGGCAGCUGCUGUUCACAAUGCCUUAGGUGACAAGAGUCAAAGUAAGUUGUAUGUUCAAUUGUAUCAAGAAGCCGGAAGGAUCUGCAAGGAACCUAAGUUCCUAAACUGCGGCUCUGAUGAAUUGUUUGUUGGUCGAGCAGGAUAUAUUUUGGGUGCAUUAUGGUUGGCUAAAGAAACGAAAACUGACUUGAAAUUGGGAGAUAUUUCGGAAAUAUGUUCUGUGAUGGUUAGUUCAGGCAGAGAGUACGCAAAACACCUGAAGAGCCCUUGUCCCCUUAUGUACUCAUACUACCAGAUUGAGUAUUUAGGCGCGGCUCAUGGUUUGUCGUCUAUUUUACAAUCUUUAAUGUCGGUACCUGGGUACUUGGACGCGCAUCCUGAUGUGAAGACUGAUGUUCAAGCGUGUGUGGAUUAUAUAUUACACCUUCAAAAUAUAGAAGGAAAUUUCCCUGCCGCCACUGACGAGAUAGGACUAGGAGCGGAAUUAGUGCACUGGUGUCACGGCGCUGGUGGUAUUGUUUACAUGAUGGCACGUGCAUACUUGGUAUUCAAAUCUUCAAAAUACCUGGAGUCAUGCAAAAAAAUGGCAGAAUUAAUAUGGAACAAAGGUUUACUGAAGAAAGGACCGGGGUUGUGUCACGGCGUUGCAGGAAAUGGAUAUGUAUUUUUGUUAAUGUACAGAUUAACUAUGAAUCCUAUGUAUCUCUAUAGAGCAAUAUGCUUCUUCCAAUUUAUGGAAACAGAUGAAUUCAAGCUUCAAUCAAGAGUUCCAGAUUAUCCAUUCAGUCUGUACGAAGGUAUCGCAGGCACUGCUUGCUUUUUGGCCGAUUUAACUGCUCCUAUUACUGCUGCGUUUCCAUUUUCUGAUGUUUUUGAAUGAAUGAUAUUCUAUUUAUACUAUUGAAAUUAAAUAAAAUUCGGCUGUGUGAUA